AUGUCAGAGAAAAAACAUCGUCUUAGUCUAACAAAACACCAUGUACAUCGAGAUAAACAAGCAAACAAUAGAAUAUUUUCUGAUAUUGAUGUUAAUACUCCCACAAUGUCUAAUUAUGAUCCGAAUGAUCAACCAUCACCCAUUGAUCAACCAAUCAAUCAACAUUUAAUACCAACAGGUGUUGUCGAUACUGAUGAAACAGUAGAGAUUCCUAUAAGAUCUUCAAAUUCUCAUCGUCAACAUCAUACGAAACAAUACAGAAUUAUUCGACCUACACAAGUAGAUGAUAGUGAUGAUGUUCAUUUACCAUCUAUUCAUAAUCAUUCUCAUAAACAUCAUCCAUAUGAAUAUCAUCAUCAUCAUCAUCAUCAUCAUGAUCAUUCUAUUCAUAAUAAACAUGAUCGUUAUCGUUAUGAUUCGAAUGGAAGAACAUAUGAUCCUCGUUGGUGGUAUAUGCCAAUCAAUUCAGUUCAUGGACCGAUAUCACAAAGACGAUUUGAUUAUCAUUAUGUUCCUCCGAAAUGGUAUGAAUUGCCUAGUAGACAUUAA